AUCAUUAAUAAUAUAUUACGGUAUUAACCAUGGUUGCUUACGUGAGCUUACUAAUCGUGAUAUCCCUUGUAAAUUGGGUGGUCGGGGCCGCUGUGUAUGAUACAGAGGCUGACCACGCGUUUGAUAGGCUAGAGUUCUUCGGCACCGGAACCCCAUUACCCGAGACAGCGGACGACAUCAACGAGUUUUGCGAAUUUUUGUCUGGAAAUGGCGGCCAAACUCACUACCAGUCGGAUACAAAUAAGAGCCAAAAAUUUGUGGCCACACUGAAAGAGCCCCUGAAGGCCCUGCACGGGGCGGUGAUCGACAGACAUAAUCCGGGUCUUUUCGUACGCAACUUCUGUUCGAUGCCCAACAACACGGCGGUGGCCAAGGGCUGGAACAGUCGACUCGCGACCGCCAAACUGCUGAACGAUGCGACUGUCGGACAGCUAUUGCGGGCCCUUAAGGACGACCGGCGCGACUCGCAAACCGGUAUCUAUUGCAUACUGGGCUCGUUCGCCGAGCAGAUGGAGCUGAGUCACGCCGAGCCGCCAGAGUUGAGGGCAUUCAUGAGGGGAAUGGUGGCCGCGAUCGCCGACUUGGCCGACACGGCCGAGCACUUGCAACUCGGUUGGCGUUCAGAUAAUAAGUGCAAACUGGAAAGCCGUAAGCUUAGUUUGCUUGAGGGCAAACUGGAUGGUCUUCGCUCCAUACAGUACAUCGCCCUACUGGCCAUGAACAAAUAUUUCUAAACAAACAUAAUGGAUUAUUUAUUUACGCGUGAAUAUAGUUAUAUUUAUUAUGAACAUGUUGUUAUCAUUAUAAUCUAUGUCAAAAAUAAAUUGAUGUACCAAGAAUUAAAAAAAUUUAAAUGCAAAUUGUUUGAGUUGUUUAUUGCCCUAAAAAUUAAUACGCUAAUCAAAUUGACCAGUG